ACAUGCAGUAGUUGUUGAACAGUAUACGUUACUGGUUGAUUCCGUUUGGCGCUAAACGUGUUAUCAGAAUGUAACCAAUCAGUGUAUUAUCUGUCACCAUAACAACAGUAACAGCUUGGUCAAGCCCAUGCGCGGUGGGAGUGAUUUGACUCGUUAAACUGCCGUUGAACUUCAAGUCCCUCUGACUGGUAAACAUUCGGAUGACUAUCUUUUAUUAUUGAUCUGAACUGCAGUGCAAAUGAUGGCUUUAAAUAGUAGUAGCACGGUGGAAGCCCGUCGGGUUAUUUCACACCUCUGUGGGAUUUUGUUACUGUUAACAACAGGCGAUUGGUGACUUCAGGACUCCGCCGGGGAAAGACCACAAUCCCGCCUGAUCACAACAACGGGAUUAUACUGUAGCCAUCAACAAGAUUAACUAAACCUUGUGUAGUUUCCAGUUUAUUCUUUGGAUCUAGUCGAUGUGUGUUUUGGUCUCGUCUGUACAAUACUUUGGUUCGGUAUAUAGCGUCAGCCUGAGGUAACUUUGGGUGAAAAGAUGAAGGAUGUGUCGGGAGAGUGGAAGGACUAUCAACUCACGGUUGCAUUGCGCAUUCGUCCUCUGAACGACGCAGAGAUCGAGGAGGGCGCUACCGUAGUGGCGCAUAAGAUUGACCAUCAGAUGGUGGUGCUGAUGGACCCCUAUGAGGACCCCGACGAUAUUCUGAGGUCCAAACGCUCCCGUGAGAAAACAUACAUGUUUGAUGUGGCAUUCAACUAUACUGCCACCCAGGAGGAUGUCUAUGUUGCAACAACAAAAAACCUUAUUGAUGCUGUGAUCUCAGGUUAUAAUGCCACAGUCUUUGCCUAUGGACCAACAGGAGCUGGAAAGACAUACACUAUGUUAGGUUUAGAUUCUGAGCCUGGCAUUUAUAUCCGGACCCUCAAUGACCUCUUCAAGGUUAUUCAAGAAAGCAGUGAGGACUUGGACUGCAGUGUUUAUAUGUCUUACAUUGAGAUAUACAAUGAGAUGAUCCGAGAUCUGUUAAACCCAUCUUCUGGAUAUCUUGAGCUUCGCGAGGAUGCUAAAGGAGAAAUACGAAUCACUGGCCUUACAGAAUUCUCUACAUGUAAUGCAGAAGAGAUCAUGGCUUUUUUGAUCAAAGGAAAUAAACAGAGGACUCAGGAGUCUACUGCUGCCAACAAGACAUCAUCUCGCUCUCAUGCUAUACUGCAGGUGACAGUCAAACAAAAGAGCCGAGUAAAGGAUAUCAAUGAGGAGGUCAGAGUCGGAAAACUAUUCAUGGUAGACUUGGCAGGAAGCGAGCGGGCGUCACAGACACAAAACAGAGGCAAACGGAUGACAGAAGGUGCACAUAUUAAUCGUUCUCUGUUAGCGCUGGCCAACUGCAUCAAUGCUUUGAGUGAAAAGUGUGGUAAAGGUCCUCAGUUUGUCAAUUACAGAGACAGCAAACUCACCAGGCUUCUGAAGGAUGCUCUGGGGGGAAAUAGUCGCACAGUCAUGAUCACUCACAUUAGUCCUGCAAGCUGCAACUUUGAAGAGUCGAGAAACACGCUGGUUUAUGCUGACAAAGCCAAAAAUAUACGAACCAAGGUAAAAUGUAAUUUGCUGAAUGUUUCCUAUCACCUGGCCCAAUACACAAGCAUUAUUGCUGACCUACGGAGUGAAAUCAUUCGACUUCGUGCAAAGAUCAACCAAGAGCAGCAGAAAGACAUUGGUGAGAUUCAAGCUGAUGUGCAGCAGUACGGUCAAUAUGAGAUGGGUGAACUGCGAGAGCAGCUCUUGUCUGCCUUCAGAGAGCAAAUGGAGAUCAGACGGAGUCUGAUGGAGUUGGAAAACUGCAACAUGGAGCUCCACAUAGACACCUCAAGACAUCUGCUCACCAUCUCAGAUUGGGAACGGGAUCGAACCCGUCGAAGACAAAAAGAGGUGAAUGGAAGGAAAGGAGACAAACUGAAAGAUGAAGACCAGGAGAGUGGAACUGAGGAACCGCAGGAUGUUGCAGCAGCACGAGAGGAGAUCGGCCCCCUACUGGAUGAACAGAGAAGAACAAUGGCACUUAUACAUGAAUUGGAAGAAAAAUUUAUGAACAUGAAACUGAAGUCGUCUAAGAUUGAGGAGCUGUUGCCUCAGCACAUAAGCAAUGAUGAACAGAGAGAGAUUCUGACUUUGCUCUGUAAAGUCCAUGAACUUGAGCUGGGGAAAACUGAGAUUCAGUCAGCUGUGCUUUGCAAAGAAAACACCAUCCGAAAUAAAGACUUCAUCAUUCGGCAACACGAGCAGCACAUGGAGCUCUGUUAUGACAUCAUACAUCAGCAGAAGGCUCUGAUUGAAGAACAAGGACUUUGUGUACCUAAGGAGUUACAUGAGCUUUAUUCAUUAUAUUUUAGUGAACACAGUGAUGGAGACAUCGAACAUUUAAUCAAACCCAGAGCUGAUGACUCUAUUAUGGCUACAGCCAGACAAAUGACACACAAUGUCAUCACAGAUUCAGACGCUUGUCAAGUGGAGAAAACACGACGGAAAAGCAGGAAGUUCAAUCGGUUACAUAAACAUGCACCUGAUUCCUCUUCUUCUGGACUAGAUUAUGAUAGUGACAGUAACAGAGUUUUCGAAUCAUCAUCUAAAAUUCAAACACACAGUCGGCACCACUUGUCUUCUGGGCCAUCGCAUGCUGUUAAGGUGUAUCGUAGUGAGGAAUCAGCACCCGUAUGUCUUGCUGAAGUCAUGAGUCCAAACACACUGAGGGAAAUCAUCAGCGACACCAAGACCAUCUCAGUCAUCGCUGCCAAACGACGCUUUCAUCUUCAAGUGAAAGAGUCAAACUUCAGGACGGCCGGUGGGGGUUUAGCGGCAGGGAUCAAAUCUUCAUUGAGCAUGGAUAGCCUGUUUUCUAUCUCGGCCGAUGAAUCUUCUGAGGUCAAAGGAAACUCUGCAAGACAUGGAGGCUGUCGGUCAAAGCAGGAUCCGAAAAGAACAGAAGGAAGGAUGGGGUCACGUGAGAGACUACGAUGCACGAAACGGUCAAGAUCUUUUGACGCCAACAAAAGGCAGGUACAAAAACCACCGCAAAACCCCUCCAGACGUCCAACUUUGGAGAGCAUCUCAGACAAUCUUCUUGUGCGACCGGCUCUAAACAUGAUACAACUGCACAACAGUCCUAGAAACCCUGCAACAACUCCCACAGCUACAGUAAAGAACCCCAUCUUUCAGACUACAGGUGAAGUUCAGCUUCAGAAGCUAGAGAUCAGGGGAACACCACCCAGCACCCUUCCUCAAAGACAUUCAGACCUCAAACGAGGACAAAACUGCAAAAAACUGCAAGGUUUUGCGGAUGGUUCCCAAACCAGUCACCUUUUGCAGCAACAAAGCAAUAACAAGAAGGCCACUUAUAAAAAUGUUAAGCAUAAAGCAAUAAACAAUGUCAAUAGAAAGACUGAAGUUCAGCAGAAAUGCAAACAUACUGUAUAAAAUCAUUUAAAGUCAUACUUUUGUAUGCUACAAUAAAGGGAGAGGUUAUUUACUGUAGCUUUGUCUUGAAAAUCCUUGUAAUUUUUUAUUGAUUUUGCAAUAAAAUGUAUUAUAGUAAAAAUGUUUUAUUCAUUUUUUUUAUUUAAAUUACAUUCAGAGUCAAUGGUGUAGUGAGCAGUGCUCCGACAUAUAGUGCAGACACACUUUUGGCGACCCGAGUUUGAAUACCGGCUCGAGGUCCUUUGCCGAUCUUGUACCCCUCUCCUCACUGCACUUUCCUCAUUACAUUACUAUC